AUGGAAUUAUAUAAAGAAGAAUUUGAAGCUUAAGAAAGAAGAAAGUAAAGGGAAGAAUAUGAAAAAAAAGAAAAUACUAAAAUGGAAUUAUAAUAAGCCGAAAGAGACCAUAAAUUAGAUAAGGAAAGAUAAAUUUAAGAAGAAAAAAGAAUGGAAUAAGAGCUUAGAAAAAAAUGA